AUGAAGAAAUGGAUUAAGGAUGGUGGAAAGAGCUUCUUCUCUGCGCUCACAGCCCACCGCGGAGGCAGUCAGGAAGCCGAUGAUGCAGGAGGAGAUUCGGAUCCAGAAUUUCCCUCCAACACCUCUGGGUCGAUAAAUUCUCAGCCCAAAAAGAUGACAGCUGGAUCGAGAGUACUUGUGCCUUCCACCACCAAACAGACCAAGUCACAAUUCGAGGAUUAUCUGAAUCAAAGUGCUGUUUCAGUUUUAGAAGGAGAUUUGAUGAAGAGAAAGGGUCGUGGAAUAGGUAAAGCUUGGGUUCGGCAACAUUUUGUUCUUCGUAAGGACGCUUUAUAUUACGGACCAUGCACCGGGUUCACGUACAAAGAGAAGAAGAUUGCUCUCUCUCGUGUUCACAUUGGCUCGGCAGAACAUUACACCAACAAGGAAAAUGCAUUUGGUGUCCUUGAUUCUUCGUCAAAGUCACUGCAUGUCAUGUCUGCUGAAAGCGAAAGGAGCAUGAUCGAAUGGGUGAAAACUUUGAUUGCGGUACAAGUUGCUUUGGAGAACAGACAUCCCGAGAUUCCAUCUUUGCCAAAUCUCUUAAAGAAACACACUGCAAAACAAAGUGCAGCACAAGACAGCCUGCAAGAUCAAGAUGAAAUGAUUUUGAAGACCAACCGAGAAUGCAACAGAUCUACGGACCACUUAACAGAUAGCAGCGAAGACGAGACCUUCACUAGACCAUCAGUGAGCAAGAAUGUGGAAAGGGGAGACUUAGAAGGACUACAGGAAGCACUGUUCAAUCUAGAUUUAUCCAAGGCCUAUGCUUUCAUUGAUGAAGGUGUGGACCCUGCUUUACUUGAUUUUGGGAGAGUUCCCACAAUGUUGUAUGAGAAAGAACUGAUUGCGAUGAAAAAGAUGGGAUUCAUGGAUCAGAAUAGAAACUGCCUGGUGCUUUUACAAUGCAAAGGCAAACUAGAUGCUGCGGUCAAACUCUGCAACUUAGCACAGCAUUGA